GCCACGUGAUCCGUUUUUUGCAGGCUCUAUCGCCGUUGUGGCACAAUUCGUGAUUUUUUGCAGAUUCUCUAUGGACAAUAACGGCAGAAAACGGACAAAGACGCGCAUUUACAACGCAUAGCAGAAACAGUGGAAUUUGCGACGUUGAUUUGUCUGUCGCUUUCUGAUUCUCGGGGACGAAGAAAACAACGUCCGAAGCAUCUGUUGUGUAUUUUAACCACGGAUUCUCAGCGGUAGUCAUUUGAACUUGGUUGAGCCGGCGGAGAUGAGUGGUCCCGAGGUUGCCAAGACGCCAGGGGGCGGGGCCCCGGGCAAGGAGGGGAAGGAGACGGUGGCCAAUGGGCAUGCAGGAGAGGGUGGGGAGAGCAACCCAUUCGCUGACUACAUGUGGAUGGAGAACGAGGAGGAGUACAACAGACAGGUGGAGGAGGAGCUGCUGGAACAGGAGUUCCUGGACCGGUGUUUCCAGGAGAUGCUGGAGGAGGAGGAGCAGGAUUGGUUCAUCCCGGCCCGGGACCUCCCCUCGGGGGCGGGGCUUAUCCAGCAGCAGCUCAACGGCCUGACAGUCAGCGACCGCAACCUGGAGGAGAUGGCGAGUAAGAGCAGCUUGAAUCCUGAAGCGAAGGAGUUCGUCCCGGGAGUCAAAUACUAGGAGUCCCCCUCACCCCCACGAGACACACACACACUCCCUCUCAGAGACUCUAGCGGUCCCAACCGCACGUACACACACACACACACACACACACACACACACACACACACACACACACACACACACACACACACACACACACACACACUCCCUCUCAGACUCUAGCGGUCCCAACCGCACGUACACACACACACACACACACACACACACACACACACACACUCCCUCUCAGACUCUAGCGGUCCCAACCGCACGUACACACACACACACACACACACACACACACACACACACACACUCCCUCUCAGAGACUCUAGCGGUCCCAACCGCACGUACACACACACACACACACACACACACGGCCAGGGCGUGAUGGUGGGGGGACUCUUGUGUAUCUUUUUAUUUUCUGUUUUGUUUCAUUGUAAACUAAGGGACUAGGGGGCUUGGGGGUGGGGGUGCAAUACCAGCGCUGGCCAGCAGGGGAGCUGGACUCAGCAUAGCAAGAUGCUUAGACUCACAGAGGAGCACACAGGCCAUCAGCCAUCCAGACUCAGCUCUCAAAAUGACGCCCUGUUUCUUAACGUACCACACUUCAGGAUGUACACUUCAGGGAGUACACUUCAGGAAGUACACUUCAGGGAGUACACUUCAGGAAGUACACUUCAGGAAGUACACUUCAGGGAGUACACUUCAGGAAGUACACACAAGGGAUCGUCUCAAAAGUAUUUUCGGAGGAGACGAGGCUCGUGCUUUCUCUCCCGUUUUGAUUGGUCGAUGUUUUGACAUGUUCUCAUAGAAACGGGGGGUCAUUUUCCGCACAUUUCAACUUUUUUGUUUUUUUAAGCGAUAGCCAGACUAAAGUCAGCUCUCAGGUCGUGAUUUGAAACGUUGUUCUGGAACUCUCUACUGCCUACCAGUUUGUGUGUUUUAUUUGUGUUCGAUUUUUUUCUCCAGUUUUGGCCGUAUGUACAUCGUUGCUCUCUCGCUCUCUCUCGCUCUCUCUCUCUUUCCUCUAUGGUGGUGUAUCAGCUCCUCUAUGACAUCAUCAUGAUAUCAUCACACUGUCUUUAUUUUGUCCAGAGACGUUUUUUUUUAUUGUACUUUUUUAUUUCGAUUCCAAACCCAAAACAAACGCUUGUCUCCUAGCCUUCCUACACUCACGUUGAACACCUUUCCCCAGAUCUGAACAGCCUUGGAUGUGUAUAACUAAGACAUGGGUUUAUAUUCCUGGCUUUACAGGAAAUACAGAUUUUUUCUGAUAAUCUCACAUGUCGUUUUAUAAUGUUAUGAGGUCAUAGUUUGAAAGUUGGCAUUUCUUUGAUCUGUUUUAGUUUUCGAGGAAUAAGGUGACGUGUGGAAGUCUAGGUUGGGAGUGUUUGGUUUGGAACGAAGCCUGCAGUCUGUCACAACUCCAAAAUACCCAUCAUGCCUCACUCUGUAUUGAGCAUCCACAACCAAUCAGGUUUUCCGAUUUCCUCCUCUUUGUUAUGUAGUUCCUUGUCUUCUGUUUUUAUUUUCGUCGAGGACGGAGGUGUUUUGUCCCUCUGGAGUUGCUGUGGUCUAGUUCAGGAGCUGAACAGGUUUGAUGUGGAAGUUUGUGAUGCUAAACUGAUCCCAGAUCUUACAACCUCACGUGCGAUCUAAAGCCAUGAUGAGGAUCUGGCUCCACACCAGUGGUUACGAACCACUUCCUGGUUGGUCGUCAAGGGGUGGGGCUUGAGGCUAAACGUCCUGGUUGGAGCUGAACUUGGCCACAGGCAUUCUGGGUAACUGAGGGGAAUCUGCUAAGUGGAUUGUAUAUGAAAUGUUUCUUUUUUUUUCUCUUAAAUUUGAGGAAGGAAAAAAAAACGUCCUGUUCACACAAAGUACGAAUUUCAAUACGCAAAAAAAGGAGUAAAAAAAUACAAAAGAUGAAUAAAG